AUGCGUGUGUGCUGCCUGGUGUGAGCAGAAAGGGGUGGCCCUUUUGACUCCCCCAAGCAAGGGCGCCCACUUCGUCCGCCGGCCCGGCUCUCGUCUUUUUUUUUUUUGUGCAAGGUCGCUUUCAGAAACCAACCGGCAUUUUUCGGCACUCUGCGGCGCCUGGAUUAUUUGUGUUGUACUGGGACAUGCAGAGACCCACGGCGGAAGGCAGCCAGGCCUCCGGCCGCGGCAGCCCCUCCGCCAAUGCCGAGUCCGAAGCCAAGCGGCGGAAGAUCCGGAAGGGCACCCGCAGCUGCUGGGAGUGCAAGCGGAGGAAGACGCGAUGCAAUUAUGCGAACCCUGACGACGACGUCUGCAUUGGCUGCCGGCGUCGGGGCAUGGCCUGCGUGAGCCAGGAGUACGACGAGGAGCCCUCCCAGCAUAUCGAGAGGGCGCCAGAGAUUGGGGACCGCAUUGUACGAGUCGAGGCUCUAGUUGCCGAGCUUGUCAAGAAAGUCGGUGGGGCGCCAGGGUCAUCUCCAUGGAGCGAGGGGAUGAUGAGCAGCCGGCCCCGAACACCGCCUGCAGACGAUGUCGUCUUCCCCGGCCCCACCCUGCUCACGCCCGAUGACAGUGCCUCUGAGUCGGGCCCCCAAUCGAUGUACUGUGAUGAUACAUCAGCAGAGUCAUUGCCCUGCUACCAAUCGGAUGCUGGGCACGACCCGUCUCCCAGGGGGCGGGCAGUCACUGGUAGACCGGGAAUGAGGCUUGCGCCGGCCAGCGCAGGGAAGUAUCAGAACAUAUCGGAUGCACUCUACCGCCUCUUACCAUCUCAAGAGGUAUCCACCGCCAUCUGCACCUCGGGCGGCCUUACCAGCGUCUUCUUUCAACAGCUGUUCACCCAGCCAUAUACCGAACUGGACAGGGAAGGGCUGCUCACGCCCGAACACAUCGCCGUGCUGCCGCCUCCAACGGCUCAUCCUGUCUUGAUCGCGAAGAAGAUGCUCACUAUCGCCACCGUCAUCCAGUACCUCCGCCCGGAUCAGCAGCACCUGCUGCGAUGCUCAGAUGAUCCAAGAUUGGGGAUGCAGAAGAUGGUGGACGCUGCGAUCAACUUCGUCACCACAAAUGACGAGCUCGUCUGCUGCGCCGAGGGUCUCGAGUGCAUCCUCGUGGAGUGUGCUUUCCAAGCCAACAGCGGCAACCUGCGACGGGCGUUGGUAGCUAUCCGGAGGGCAAUGGUCAUCGCCCAGCUCAUGGGCAUUCAUCGCCCUGGCAACCUUCCCGUGAUGCAGCUGGACCCAGACACGCGUUUCCACCCAAACUUCGUGUGGUUCCGGCUCCUCUUCGCGGAUCGUCACCUCUGCAUGAUGCUCGGCCUCCCUCAGGGUUCCCACGACAUGAGCAUGAUCAACGAGCGGGACAUGGCCAACGACACGCCCAUUGGCAGGCUGGAGCGCAUGCAUUGCGCCAUCGCCUCGCGCAUCCUCGACCACCACGAGGCCGAUCCGUCGUCGAUAGACUGUGGUUCCAUCCAAGAGCUUGAUGCGGAGCUGCGGAGGGCCGCAGACAGCAUGCCAUCCAAGUUCUGGCUGCCCCAGAACUUCGUCAAUCUGGACACGGCAGAAGAGAUAGUCUUCGAGACGACACGGCUCGUCACCCAGCUCUUCCACUACAGCCUGCUCAGCCAGCUGCACCUCCCUUACAUGCUGCGCUCGUCGCCGGAGCGGAAGUACGACUACAGCAAGAUCACCUGCGUCAACUCGAGCAGGGAGUCGCUCACCCGGUUCAUCACCUUCCGCUCAUUCAACCAGGUCGCCUACUGCUGCCGCAUGGUCGACUUCAUCGCCCUCAUGGCGGCCAUGACCCUUCUCCUCGCCCACCUGGACGGCCACCGAAACAAGUACGACAAUUUCCUGCUGCACCAGCGGUUCAGCGACCGGGCCAUGGUGGAGAAGGUGCUGGAGAACAUGGAGAAUCUGAGCAAGCUCAACAUGGACGUGCUGUCCCACAAGAGCGCCGAGGUGCUCCGGAGCCUGCUGGCCAUCGAGGCCGAGGCGGCAGAGGGCGGGGCGUUCCGGGCGGACAAUCUGGCCGGGUCAGAGAUGGGGUCCGGGGAAGACCGGAGCAACAUGCUGAACAUAUGCAUCCCCUACUUCGGUACCAUCAAGAUUACAAAAUCGGACCUCAUAUUCAAGGAGGCAGCCGACCCGACAUUGCCGCCGCCGCCGCCACCACCUCCUCCUCCUCCACCAUCACAACCAUCAGAGCCGAGAAAGCCUCUCGAGUCCCCACCCGCAAACACGCUUCCAGCAGCACAGCCGCAGGGCCGAGGCCUCCAAUCGACCUCCCUGCUCCCCCACUCGCACUUUGACGGUGGGCUGCACCAGGCCGGCAGCAACACCGACCAGCUCCAGCAGAGCUUCCCAAGUUUCAUCGACGACUCUAUAACGCAGAACAUGCUCUAUCCCGGGUUCACGGCCACCACGGACGACUGGGCCUUCCAGGGGGUGGACACGGCCUUCUUCGACAGCCUGAUGAGCGGGGCGAACAGUGGGCAGGAGGAGGGGCAGAGGCAGGACUUUGGUGGUGGGGAGGGUCGGGGGAAUCCGUAUUGGGUGUUUCCAUCCUAGUAAUGCUGGGCUUGUGGAAGGGCGGAAGGGGGCCGGAGGAAAGGGGGGCAAGCGA